AUGACAUGCUGGCCAAGAGCAUUAAAGGCCGAAGACCACGUAGCCAACCUCCGAACCAUCUUCAAUGUGCUCAAAAAAUACAAGAUACGAUUGAACCCGGAGAAAUGUUUUUUCGGCGUAACAACAAGUAAGUUUCUCGGCUACAUCGUCAGUCAACGUGGCAUAGAGGCAAAUCCUGAAAAGAUACAAGCCAUCCUGGAUAUGGCGCAGCCAGUACUCAAGAAGGACGUAGAAGCCCUCCAAGGCAGACUCGUAGCACUAUCUCGAUUUAUAUCAAGACUGACUAACAAGUGCGUACCAUUCUUCAAACUGUUAAGACGCUCCAAGAGCAAACUGAUCGAAUGGACACCGGACUACCAAGAAGCCUUUCAGGGAUUAAAAGACUACCUUGCCGCAGUACCAUUACUGUCGACCCCACAGCCAGGAGAACCGAUGUACCUUUACCUCGCAGUAUCCGCAACCGCAGUCAGCAGUGCCUUAGUUUGCCAUGAUGAAACUAAAGGAUUGCCAGUUUUCUACGCAGGCAGGGCCAUGAACGGCCCAAAGACGAGAUAUCCAACACUGGAACAAUUAGCCCUCGCGCUCAUCGUAGCAGCCAGGCGACUGGGCCACUACUUCCAAGCUCAUAGCAUCCACGUACUUACAAACCAGCCUCUCAAACAAGUACUACAGAAUCCAGAUCAUUCCGGGCGACUCAGCAAGUGGGCUAUCGAGCUGACAGAAUUCGACAUCGAAUACAAGCCACGACCCGCCAUAAAAGAACAAGCCGUAGUCGAUUUUAUUGCAGAAAUGAUCCCCCGAGAUACGACGGAAGUGGUACCAUAUGAUGUCAUCAACCCCAUCAAGAUUUCGCCAUGGAACUUGCAUGUAGAUAGCUCCAGCUGCGCCAAAUCUAGCGGAGCGGGGAUCAUCUUGAGCGGACCGGGGGGACUCGAACUCGAGUAUGCUUUAAAAUUCAACUUUGAUGCCUCCAACAAUGUAGCAGAGUACGAAGCACUGAUUGCAGGACUACAGUUGGCCCUCAGCACGGGUGCCACAAGCAUCAAUGUGUAUAGUCACUCUCAGCUCGUAGUCAAUCAAAUCAUCGGGUCCUUCACUGCCAAAGAUGAGCAAUUAGCAGCCUACCUGGCGUACGCCACAACGCUGUUAAAGCGAUUUGAAUUCUAUCAUAUCAAUCAAAUACCAAGGGCCAAUAACGCAAGGGCGGAUUCCUUAGCAAGACUCGCCACGGCGCAGCCACACCAAUGCCACAAGGAUACCAGGGUCGAAGUUCUCCACCAUCCUUCCAUCUACCAGACCUUGCAACAGGUAUGCCAGGUAGAGCGCGACCAAGCCUUAUGGAUGGAUGAGAUAAUAGCAUUCAAGCAUAACGGCAGGCUACCCGAAGACGAGACUAUGGCAAAGCAACUAAGGAGGCGAGCGGUAAGGUAUUAUCUGCGGUAUAACACGCUCUAUCGCCAAGGUCUGCUGAAUGCCGAACUUAGAUGCGUCACAGCCAAAGAAGGCAAGCAAAUCUUGAACGAAAUCCACAACGGUGAUUGUGGCAACCAUUACGGCAGCCAUGCAUUGGCUGCAAAGACACUCCGCACAAGAUAUUAUUGGCCCACACUAGCCUCCGAUGCACAGGAGCUCGCCAGAUCUUGCCACAAAUGUCAAAUUCAUGGACCCAUACCACGCCUACCCUCAGAACCGCUAUCUUACAUAGUCAGCCCGUGGAUCAACUGCCUUUGGGGAAUAGACCUAAUUGGCCCGCUUCCCGUCGGGAAAUGCCAAUUCAAGUGGGUCAUUGUGUGCAUCGAUUAUCAUUCCAAAUGGAUUAAGACUGCACCCUUGACGGCCAUUACAACCGAGAAGGUCCAAAACUUCCUGCAACGCAACAUCUUCUACCGCCACGGUACGCCGGAGUCUAUCAUCACAGAUAACGGCACACAAUUCAAUAACGAUCACCUCAUCACAUGGUGCAAGGCAAGAGGGACUAAGCUCAAAUUCGCAUCCGUAGCACAUCCCAAAACCAAUGGGCAAGUAGACGCCCGCUAA